UACGUGCUGUGCCGCUGGACCGAUGGGCUCUAUUACCUUGGAAAGAUCAAAAGGGUGAGUGGCUCCAAGCAGAGCUGCCUCGGCACGUUUGAGGACAACUCCAAGUACUGGGUCCUCUGGAAGGACAUCCAGCAUGCCGGUGUCCCCGGUGAGGAGCCCAAGUGCAACGUCUGCCUGGGAAAGACGUCAGGGCCCAUGAACGAAAUCCUCAUCUGUGGGAAGUGCGGGCUGG